AUGACAUUUCAGCGACCACCUCAAGUUCAAAUCUGUCUAGCAACCAACCAUCAAAGCUACGGCAUUAGAGACACAAUACAAGGCGAGGUGCUUUUGACCCCCCAAAAAAGAAUAUUACCCGAACAACUGAAUGUAUCAUUUGAAGGUAGAGCCGAGAUAGAAGUUGACAAAAACGGAACUAACAUUCCGCUCCCACCGUCCAUCGCGUCAAGCACAUUUCUCCAAAUGAAGCAGCCACUAGGGGCCAAUACAUCUGGCAUAUUUAACUCCUUUGAGGCCGGAACGCAAUAUCGCAUACCAUUCGAGUUCGUGGUCCCUGCCGAGUUACCGCAUCAUAUCUGUCACCACCAUCGCCAUCAUGAGCAGGUUUACUGGGAGCAUACUCAGCUCCCCCCUAGUAUUGGCUCUCCCUUUGAUCUAGAUGACGGGAAAGAAAUGUGUCAUGACAUGACUCCUACGAUACUGUCCAUCACGUACCGUAAACACGUUAGGAUCCAUUCCAGCAAGACGCAAAAGAAUAGAGGUCCGACGAUUGUGGGAGAGUGGUCAUACCCAAUACACAUCAAGCCUCGGCGGAAAGAAAGGCCUCCGAUCUGGGUUCCUGAUGGUAGCAAUUUCUACUGUAUGCGCCAGGACAGACAGAUUGCCAAGGGACUCCGUCGACGACAGGUAGGGCUUCUGUCUGCAUGGGCGGAACAACCACCAGCUAUACGAGCUCAGACAAAUCCAACCAGCUUUGUUAGACUCAGAUUGCAGUACAUAGCCGCCGGACAAGACCCAUUGCCGGAGAUCUCGGAUCUGGAUCUUAAACUCAAGGCUGUUACGACAUAUGGAACGGAAACCUGGCCAGACUUUCCAGACCUGACCGACCCAUCUUCUUGGAUCUCAAGCCAGGACUACUGCUCAGAUACCAUACCUCUGCACAGCUCACUUGAAAGUCAUAUGGAAUGGCGAAAGCACGCUGACUCGAUUCAAGAGGAACUCCAAAAGUCUCGAGGAAGCUCUCUUUUAGACAUUCUUGCCAAGGCUAUUCCUAACACUCCCUUGGAUGAUGCCUCCAAGCGAGCCAACGUCAUUGAUAGAGCAUUGCAUAUACUUGCCCGUAUCCAUAGCGCCUUUGUCGCUCCUAUAAACGAUGCCAAGGAGCCCGUCCAGAGCGCGGAGGAUGCUGCUCGCGAAGAUGCAAAGCGACGCCGCCUGCUUCAUGCCCUCCUGGACUUGAUUGCAAUAGAGGGAGUGUACCCGUCGCUCUCAUCAGGAGUGGGCAUUCCCCUGCAGCAGCGAGUGAUAUCUAUACUGCCCGCUGGAGUUAUUGCUCAAGAUCAAAAGACCACAAAGAACUCGUGUGAAAAUGAGCCACUUUUGGAUCGUAUAAUGUCGACUCUGUCAGAUAUUGUUCUUGAUGAACGGCCUAGCAUACAACCGGUGAUCCGUGGUCGAAUCUUGAGUGAUAUUAUAAGCGGAGUUGCAGAAUUAGCUUUCAACUCACAAUCUCUGGAAAAUGAUAGGAAAGAAUGGUAUCGGAACGUGUUUACGGAUGUCAUUAAGGACACUCCGAGCUCGGUUCUGUUGUCAACUCUGUCGAACUUUCUGCAAGCCAACCCGGCAACAUGGUUCAAAGAUACCAUCUCCAGCCAACUAUCCCGAGUUCCUUUGCGUAACAAGGGGUUGGUUCAAACGAUAUUUUUCUUGGCAACGCAAUUCAGCCCCUCUAUGGGACAAGAAGCACAGGCCGCGGCCUCUAAUGGCCCUCAUUUUACCGUACAAGCGAUCAUGCAGACUUCACGCUUGUUGUCUUCGGUACCACAGGGAAUGGACCCUGUCGAAUACUUCUCUAUAAUUGCUCCACAGUUAUUGGCUCUGAUUGAUGGCGAUGACCCGGACUUGAGGAAAACCGCUGCCUAUACGGUUGGCAACGGAAUCCUUGGAAAGCGCCCACAUGGCGCCCCUGGAACGAUCGGCCACUCGAUAUUCUUGGAACCCAUAUUCAAAACACUCACGGCAGGUUUAGAUGGUCCCUCCAUGACUUGGAUGAGCCAACCGAGCGACACCGACGAGACUCUACCACAGCAUGUGCUUGUUCGCGAAUCUAUGUUGUGUCGGGCGGUCGAUAGACUGGGAAGUCUGGUCCUUCAGCCUCCAAACCCAGCGCUUGUCAAGAGAGUUGUUUAUCCAAUUCUUGUGCCCCUCUGGGGUCUAGCUUGCUUUGCUCUGGAACAUCAACACACAAUACUACAUGAGAAUGUCAUGACGAUAUUACGGACAUACUUUGGUAUUUCGGUGGGAAUGCAGCCACUUAAAAAGCUGGCAGACCACUUGCUGUGGGACGGAGGCUCAUCGUGGACCUACAGCGUUGAACCAGAGAACGGACUGUCACUGACGAGGCGAAAAGCCGAAGACCGGAAUCAAUUUAAUGUUGUGCGACUGUUGGAUACUUUGCAGUCUCGCGCCAAACUAUUUGUGGGUUUGUUAGGAACAGACCCCAGCAGCGAAGAGUGUACUGGUGAUAUUUUCCUCUACGUGAGCGAAAAUUGGCUGGUGAGGCCUUCCUCUGAUAAAGCAAUGCCGGAUAAAUUACAACUAUCCCAAGACAACGAUGGUUCCACCGACAUCAUGCGGAAACUAGUCAGCGCGAAACUUGCAGAAGCGCUUUUGGAGAACUUCAAAGACGUUCUUUCCCGUCGUCCUCUCAGAGUCCUUGAGCUAGUCAAGCAGAUCAUAGACGGUGAACUUAACAGUGCCAGUGUCCUGAAGAAGAAGACUAAGGCGCAAAGUUCUCUGAAAGUGUCUCUUUCUUCCCUGGCCAAUAUCGUUGAUACUGAAGACACUGAACGCGAAGAGUCCGCGAAUGAGGCAGAUUCAGCUGAAUCAUUACCCCCUGUAUUCAGUCUGUUAUCGACUGUCCUCGCCUCACCCGAGUUUUCCGCAUCGCAAGAAACUAUCCCAGUUCUAGAAGCCAUCAAAGGAAGACUGGACGAGCUCAUCACAUACCUCCCCGCAUCACUCGCAAAACAGGGAACAACCUCCUCCAUGUUGUUAGAAAUCCACAUAGCAUCGCCUGCGGAAGGAGGCCAAGAGAAGUCGUCUUCCAAGAUUUCUGAUUUCGAUACUCAUCGCCGAGCCCUCACGAACCUUAACUCCGAUCUUCCUCCGGUACAGGCCGAAGGGUUUUCCUUGCUUUCUGACCUGAUCAAAAAAGCAUCGCCUGUUCUUGACAUCCAAUCCACACUCACUCUACUACUUUCUAUCAUAACAGACCCGUCUGAAACCUCCUCCAAUGACGAGUUCAUCUAUCUCAACGCCAUCAAGCUCGUUGGCACUCUCGCUUCGCGCCAUCCACGCACUGUGACCAAAACGCUCGUUGAGCGUUAUGCCGACCGAACCGAGACCGCCACUCUCGACCAAAGACUGAAGAUCGGCGAAUCUCUCAUGCGCACCGUCCAGGAUCUCGGCGAAGCCCUAACCGGAGGCACCGCGAAGGUUCUCGGCGACGGCAUGAUCGCCGUUGCCGGAAGGCGAGCACACAAGCCGCAAGCACAGAAGUCUCGCAAACAACAACUCGAGAAAGAAAGACUACAGAAAGAACGCGAAGAGCGCAAAAACCGGGAACCGCCUGUGCCGGAAGGCUGGACAUUCUCUACCGCCUCUCUAACCUCCAAAGAACAAGAGGAGGCUAAGGCCGCACUCCACGACGAGGACUCCGAUACCGAGUCCCCCGAACAAGCCGCCAACUCAGCAAAUAUUAUCUCAGCCUGGGCCGCUGGAGCUUCUUCGGACGAAGAACCAGACGACCUACGAGUUCGAGCCUCGGCGCUUUCCGUCCUCGCAACAGCCGUGCAGACCAACAUCGUCGGCCUCGGUCCCUCUGUCGUCGCGUCAGCCGUCGACAUGGCGCUCUCAACCCUGAUGUUAGAACCAGACCCGGAGUCUGCCAUUCUGCGACGCGCCAGCGCUAUUCUCCUUCUCGACAUCCUCAAGGCCAUGGAGGCGUCUCGGGAGCGAGGCGGCAAGAACGCCAUCGGGUUUGGCUUCUCGCUUUCUGAUGACGGGACAGGGAAUUCCUGGAAUGCGGAAAAUCCUACGACGGUCGGGAACAUACCGCAUAUGCUGCGCAGCUUGGUGUUCGUCGAAAGCCGCGAGACGGAUACGAUUGUGCGGGGGCAUGUUCGUGUGUUGAAUGAGAGCUUGGAGGCUUGGUUGGAGAAGGCGCUGCUGUGGGGAAUCGGGGUUCAUGAGGGGGAUGAUGCUGGUGAACCUCGAUUCGAAUUGGGUGAUCGGAUCGCUGGUCUGCAGGUUGAUCCGUUAGCAGGAAGGGGUGUUGGCGGACGUCCAAGGAUUGAAGAAAUUGAGUGA